AUGAGAGCAGCGGGGGCAGCCACCUACGGGCCACAAGGACGAGGCAGAGAGCGGAGGAAGGAUUCGGCCGAGGUCGAGUGCUACAGAUGCCGUAAAAUGGGACAUGUGGCAAGGAAUUGUCCCAGCGCGUAUGAGGAGAGGCGACGGGACCGCAGGAGCGACGCGCCACGCCGAGGGGGACAGCGGGACUCCAUGGCAGCAGCGACGGGGGAAGAGCAGCAACGAGGAGCCACAGACCGCUGGGCUCGACCCGACAGGAGCGCCAGGGACCAAGAAGGACCCUGCCCCUGGAGCGCCUACAGAGAAGCAGCAGAUGAUGGAGACGAGGACUACUAUGAAGACCACAGAGGGGCCUUCUCGGAGGUAGUGCUGGCCCAGGAGAAGCUGACUGGGCGGAUGUUUGCAGUGAAGUGCAUCCCUAAAAAAGCUCUGAAAGGAAAAGAGAGCAGCAUCGAGAAUGAGAUUGCUGUGCUGAGAAAAAUCAAGCAUGAAAACAUUGUGGCGCUGGAGGACAUCUAUGAGAGUCCAGAGCACCUCUAUCUCAUCAUGCAACUCGUAUCCGGAGGUGAGCUCUUUGACCGAAUUGUGGAGAAAGGGUUUUAUACUGAGAAAGACGCAAGCACGCUGAUUAGACAAGUGCUGGACGCAGUAGACUACCUGCACACUAUGGGGAUUGUGCACAGAGACUUGAAGCCGGAGAAUCUGCUGUAUUUCAACCCUCAGGACGAGUCCAAGAUCAUGAUCAGUGACUUUGGUCUCUCAAAGAUGGAGGGCAGCGGCGAUGUCAUGUCCACUGCCUGUGGGACGCCUGGGUAUGUGGCUCCAGAGGUGCUGGCGCAGAAGCCCUACAGUAAAGCUGUGGACUGCUGGUCUAUUGGAGUCAUUGCAUAUAUCCUGUUGUGUGGUUACCCUCCGUUUUAUGACGAAAACGACUCGAAACUUUUCGAGCAGAUAUUGAAGGCUGAUUAUGAGUUUGAUGCUCCGUACUGGGACGACAUUUCAGACUCUGCUAAGGACUUCAUUAGUCGUCUUAUGGAGAAGGACCCAUCUAAGCGGUACACGUGUGAGCAGGCUCUAAGACAUCCCUGGAUUGCUGGAGAUACAGCUCUCUGCAAGAACAUCCACGAGUCAGUGAGUCGGCAAAUGAGGAAGAACUUUGCCAAGAGCAAGUGGAGGCAAGCCUUCAAUGCCACAGCUGUAGUGAGACACAUGAGAAGACUUCAGCUGGGCAGCAGUAUGAACAGCAGCACAGCCACAUCCAACUCUGCAAACAGACAGAAUCAGACCCAAAAAACUGUUCAAAACCAAGUCCAGACCCCGGGAACAAUGGGACAGAACCAAACCAGUACCACAGCAGUAACCAAGACGACAACUGCAGCAGCCACCACCGGGAGUAAGGGCUCUAUCACAGAAAACGUUUCAAGUCCACGCAAAGAAUGUGUUCCAACCCCAACUACUCCCUGCAGCCUGGCGUCCACAGCUGCCUCCUCGGCCGGGGCAGAGCUGAGCAGGCCGCUCCCCGCCACUGUCCCUGCCCCGGUUCUGCAAGAAACCAAGUGA